UCCAAACCAAGGAUUACUGAAGGCCAGCAUCAACUGAAAAUGGAGGUCACCAAUGUCACAGAGUAUGAGGCUAUUGCAAAGCAGAAAUUGCCAAAGAUGGCGUUUGACUACUACGCAUCUGGUGCAGAGGACCAGUGGACUUUGCAGGAGAACAGAAAUGCCUUCUCAAGAAUUUUGUUCCGGCCACGAAUUCUUAUUGAUGUGAGCAAGAUAGACAUGGCAACUACUGUUCUGGGCUUCAAAAUAUCCAUGCCAAUCAUGAUUGCCCCAACAGCCUUCCAGAAAAUGGCUCAUCCGGAGGGAGAAUAUGCAACUGCAAGAGCUGCAUCAGCUGCUGGAACAAUCAUGACUUUGUCCUCAUGGGCCACUUCAAGUGUUGAAGAGGUGGCUUCAACAGGACCUGGAAUUCGCUUUUUCCAGCUAUAUGUGUACAAGGAUAGGAAUGUGGUUGCUCAGCUUGUGAGGAGAGCUGAAAGAGCUGGAUUCAAAGCUAUUGCCCUUACUGUUGAUACCCCAAGACUAGGACGCAGAGAAGCUGAUAUCAAGAACAGAUUCAAUCUGCCACCAUAUUUGACAUUGAAGAACUUUGAAGGUUUAAACCUUGGCUCAAUGGACAAAGCUGAUGACUCUGGACUUGCUUCAUAUGUUGCUGGUCAAAUUGAUCGUACUCUAAGUUGGCAGGAUGUGAAGUGGCUCCAGACAAUCACCAAGCUGCCAAUUCUGGUGAAGGGUGUACUGACUGCUGAGGACACAAGGAUAGCGGUACAAAGUGGUGCAGCUGGAAUAAUAGUGUCCAACCAUGGAGCUAGACAACUUGAUUAUGUCCCAGCCACCAUAAGUGCCUUAGAAGAGGUUGUUAAAGCUGCUCAAGGCCGUAUUCCUGUGUUUUUGGAUGGUGGUGUUCGCCGUGGAACUGAUGUCUUCAAGGCAUUGGCACUUGGUGCUUCUGGCAUAUUUAUUGGACGCCCUGUGGUGUAUGCCUUGGCUGCUGAAGGAGAGACUGGUGUGAGAAAAGUGCUGCAGAUGCUCCGCGACGAGUUUGAGCUAACCAUGGCCUUAAGUGGGUGCCGCUCACUCAAGGAAAUCACCCGUGACCACAUUGCCACAGACUGGGACGCUCCUCGCGUUCAGCCUCGUGCCCUGCCAAGAUUAUAAUUAAAAAACCAGAACACUCCAAGUUUGAAACAAACACUACUUGUAUGUGUAUGUCUCAACGUUCUUAUGCUUUCUUUUCCUUUUUUGCCAGAACCAACUCAUUUUAAGGUUCUUAUGCUUCCAAAUCUACCUGCUUCCUAUGUAAGCAUUAUAUGUUGAUACUACUUGUGUUAUUGCUUCUGGGUUCAGUACUCUACUCACUGUAUAUUCUUUUUACCAAAAUACACAACUACUGUUAAAUGA